UCUCACCUAAUAUUAUCUAAUAGAGUAGUAAACUGACCUUGCAAUAUGGAGUCGUUUUUAUUACAAAAUACAAUAUCUGAUCUGGAGAAGGUAAUGGAAGAGUUGAAUCGCGGCAAGAAAUUUACGCGCCGGCUAAGAGAGAUAAUAAAGAAACCUAAGAUAAAUGUGGGUAACGAAGAUGCGUAUAUGUCUAGCGCUGAGGAUUUGGUGGGGAAAAUAAUGAAUUCAUUUUGUGCGUCUCUAUCGAUAUUAAGCUCUGAAGAAUCUACUGAAGAAGUUUCUCAAAAGUCGAUGGAAGACUCAAGUGGUAGUUGCAAGACUUCGUCACUUAAAGAUCGACGAGGAUGCUACAAGAGAAGGAGAACUUUAGAAACAAGCAUAAAAGAAACCUCAACUUUGGUGGAUGAUGGCCAUGGUUGGAGAAAAUAUGGUCAAAAACAGAUCCUCAAUGCCAAAUUUCCAAGGAACUAUUUUAGAUGCACUCAUAAAUUUGAUCAAGGAUGCCAAGCAAGCAAACAGGUGCAAAGAAUUCAAGAAAAUCCACCACUGUUUCGUAUAACAUAUUAUGGUCAUCACACUUGCAAAACUUUUCCUAAAGUUUCUCAAAUGAUAUUUGAUUCUCCAAAUGAUCAUGAAGAUUCUAAUUCAGUCCUACUUAACUUUAAUUCUGGCAAUAAUCAUCACCAGUUUUUGGAUAUGACGGUGGAAACUCUUGAUUUUGUGGAUUUGUCUUUUGAAUUUUGAACAUACAUUAGGCUUUAAUUUUGUUAAAGGGAAUCCUAAAGCAACGAAAAAGUUGUCUUCGCGUGAUGUACAAGUCAUAAGUUCGGCUUGUGAAAGCAGUAUUAUUGCUUGGAUUAGGACCCCAUUAUGAAUAUGAGAUGCUUUAUGCAUCAAAUUGCUAUUUUAGAUUUUAACUUUUUUUCAUGUAGAUUGUUGUGGGGGUUGGGGGUUGGGUGAUGGGGUGGGGUGGGGUAGUAAAUGAUAGUAAAAUGUUUUUGAUGUUGAUGUACAGUUUGUGGACAAUACACUAGCUAGCUGGUUUGGAAAUUGGAAUGAGAAUAAUUAAUGUUGGCUUUAACAUCUA